GGAAGAGCACUGCGUAAACACGCGCACAGCAGCGGGCCCGAUUCAGCACCAUCCAUCCCCAUAAUAGGACUUGUUUUGGCUGAGGGCCAGUAUCGAUCCACGCUGUGAGGAGGGAGUUUUUUAGUGUUUUCUUGUAGUCUGGCUGUAUAAUUUGGUAGCAGUGAGAAAGAAGAUGGCCGCAGGAUUAUCGCUGUUGCUAUUUUACGCGCUGCUGUGCGUCGCAGGAGCCCAGGACAACUAUAAUGAACUCUCCGUGGGCUACAAGAACGGAGUGGCGCUGGCCCUGGAGCAGCUCAGCUCCCAUGCCGCCGUGCACCACCAUUUUCGCUUUCUGAGGACUAUGGACAAAGCUGAGAUAGAUGCUGGAUUUGGGGUAAAAUACUUGUUCCACCAUUUCUACGUGAAGCCAACCAGAUGUGCCAAAGGAACCAUGGACUACAGCCCUGAGAGAUGUCCCUUCAGGAAUGACAGACCUCUGAUGGACUGUGCUGUUUGCUACAAAACAGCAUCAGACCAAAUAGAGCAGGAGCCCAAACCAUAUGUGCACUGUAUGCAGAAGCCAAGACUCACUGAGGCAAUGAUGACUGCCAGGACUGAGCACUGCAAAAAGAUGGUCUACCACAGCGGAGCCCCCACUCUUCUGUCUGUGUCCACUGGUUAAAAGAACAAACAUUUAACAACAUUUCAAGCCUCUACUUUGUCUAAUAUCUGUUCUUCUCAUGCUUAUAACAAAACCUGUCUAUUUUUAUCACAUAAAUUCAGAGAUAUCAGUUAAUCUGUAGCCAUAUGUUGAUAUAAUAACAAGCUAUUUGCUAACAAUAUUACGCCAUUUUCCUAUUGCUCAAUAAAGUUUGUCUAAUACAUC